CGGGCGCCCAGGCGCUCGGGAGGCGCAGAGGCCGCGAGCUGCUCUGCCGCCCAGGCGCCGGCGCUGCGGGACCGUGCGCGCCGCGAGCGCCCCGGGCCGGUCCGGCAGCGGGAGGAGCGGGGAUCGCGCGCUGCCAGGCGCCGAGUCCCCAGCACUUUCCUCGCGCCCCGGGGGCGACCGAGGGAAGCCCGGAGCUCGGCCCCUUGCCCCGUUUUCUAAACGCAGCCUCUGACAAAGCCGGGACAAAGCAAGCAUUUCCAUUCUCCGCCGGACUGGGAUUUUUCUCCUUCGAUUUCAGGGGAGCCCGAGUAGAGGUCAGAGGGGCCAGCGAGAUUCUCAAAAAGGGGCCGAGAGCCGUGAACGUGGUCACCCCCUCCUGUCGCGGGGAAAAUCUCCUUGACAUUUUUCACACUUUGAAGCAGCUGCAGCUGGUGUCGUCGGAAAAGGGGGUGGGAAAAAAAGAGGGGGCGGGGAGAGCAGGGAGACACAGCCGCGAGCAGCGCCUCCUCUCCUGCCAAUCCCGGCACCUGUGCGCGGAGCCACUGCACCGAGGCGGACCCCACUCCAGGAGAACCCCGGGCUCGAAGCCACGGACACCCCGCCCCUGGCAGCGGGUUCUCCCCGGAGGGGACCUGCAGCAGCCCACUCCGGCCACCGCGGUCGCCUGCAGCCGCGGGAGCGCACAGCCCCUCCGAGCCGCCCACCGUCCCCUGGUCCCCAGGGACCCCCGCCCAACCGAGGCGCGGCAGCCGCGGGCAGGGGGUGUUACAGAGUUGGGUGCACGAUUCGCCUUUUCUGCUCCUCUCUUCUCCGCCCAGGAUUUAUUGUCUGUGGAGCCUUUGGGGGGUGGGGAGGGAGCUGCGCCUCCGCCGCCGCCGCCGCUGCUGCUGCGGUCGCUAGCGCGGCGCGCACGGCAGGCGGAGGCUGGGGAGUGAAGCGCUCCUGCCUCCCCCGCCGGCGCCUCGGGCUUCCCCUCGGCCGCUUCCCGCCGGAACCUCUCCCGCCGUCCACCUGAAGGGCACCGGCAUCAUGGUCUAACGUGGCACCUGCCUGGAAUCCCCUCUUCCUCCUCCUGUGCCUCCUCCUGUGACCACCCUCCUCCGCACCGCCUCCGAGGACGCCCGUGCCCACUCCACUGCGGACCCCGAACACUUUAAGGAAUAACCCUUGGCAGCCGCACGAGUCGCUCUCUCCGGAACCUCAUGGGCAGUUUCUCCGGCCGGCCAUGAUGGAGAGCCUACUAAGGGGAAGGAAUCCCCCACAGUAUCAGAGAAGUCCUUGUAAAGAAGUUCGUGCAGCACUUCGGAAGAGGCCUGAAGAGGAGUGAGCCCGCUACAUGAAAAAAAUGCAAGUCAAAGUGGUCACAACCUAGAAGUCUGCAGAGACAGGAAUAACUAGCAAUGCAUUGCCUGGAGAUGACCACCAAACGGAAACUCAUCGGCCGUCUGGUGCCGUGCCGAUGUUUCCGAGGUGAAGAAGAAAUCAUCUCGGUUUUAGAUUACUCCCACUGCAGCCUUCAGCAGGUGCCAAAAGAAGUCUUUAACUUUGAACGGACAUUAGAGGAGCUUUAUCUAGAUGCCAAUCAAAUUGAAGAGCUACCCAAGCAAUUGUUCAACUGUCAAGCUCUACGAAAACUAAGUAUUCCUGACAAUGACCUUUCAAGUCUGCCAACCACCAUUGCUAGUUUAGUUAACCUUAAAGAACUCGACAUCAGUAAAAAUGGUGUACAAGAUUUUCCAGAGAGCAUAAAGUGCUGUAAGUGUUUAACAAUUAUUGAAGCCAGUGUCAAUCCCAUUUCUAAACUCCCUGAUGGCUUCACACAGCUUCUAAACCUGACCCAGCUCUAUCUGAAUGACGCCUUUCUUGAAUAUCUUCCAGCCAAUUUUGGAAGACUUGUCAAAUUACGGAUCUUGGAGUUAAGAGAAAAUCACCUGAAAACUCUACCAAAGUCAAUGCACAAACUGGCCCAGCUGGAAAGACUUGACCUAGGAAAUAAUGAAUUCAGUGAGCUGCCUGAAGUUCUGGAUCAAAUACAAAAUUUAAGGGAGUUGUGGAUGGAUAAUAACGCAUUGCAAGUGCUACCUGGGUCUAUAGGGAAGUUAAAGAUGUUGGUGUACCUGGAUAUGUCAAAAAACAGAAUAGAAACAGUGGACAUGGACAUUUCCGGAUGUGAAGCCCUUGAGGACCUCUUACUGUCAUCCAAUAUGUUGCAACAGUUGCCGGACUCUAUAGGACUGUUGAAAAAACUAACUACUCUGAAAGUGGACGACAAUCAACUUACAAUGUUACCCAAUACAAUCGGAAAUUUAUCUUUAUUAGAAGAAUUUGACUGUAGCUGUAAUGAACUGGAGUCACUACCUCCUACUGUUGGCUACCUUCAUAGUCUUCGAACAUUAGCAGUCGAUGAGAAUUUUCUUCCAGAAUUACCCAGAGAAAUUGGAAGCUGUAAGAAUGUAACAGUUAUGUCUCUACGCUCCAAUAAACUGGAAUUUCUUCCUGAAGAGAUUGGACAGAUGCAGAAACUAAGAGUCUUAAAUUUGAGUGACAACAGGUUGAAGAAUUUACCAUUCUCAUUUACCAAACUUAAGGAGCUUGCAGCUUUGUGGCUUUCUGACAAUCAGUCCAAAGCCCUUAUCCCUUUACAAACUGAAGCCCAUCCAGAAACAAAGCAAAGAGUAUUGACUAACUACAUGUUUCCCCAGCAACCUCGUGGCGAUGAAGAUUUCCAGUCAGACAGUGACAGCUUUAACCCGACACUGUGGGAAGAGCAGAGACAGCAACGCAUGACUGUUGCCUUUGAAUUUGAAGACAAAAAGGAAGAUGACGAUAAUGCUGGGAAAGUUAAGGAUCACUCCUGCCAAGCCCCCUGGGAAAGGGGCCAGCGUGGGAUUACUCUCCAACCUGCCAGACUGUCUGGCGAUUGCUGCACACCAUGGGCCAGGUGUGAUCAGCAGAUCCAAGAUAUGCCCGUCCCCCAGAAUGACCCACAGCUGGCAUGGGGUUGUAUAAGUGGCCUCCAGCAGGAAAGGAGCAUGUGCACUCCAUUGCCAGUUGCAGCACAAUCCACCACUCUUCCCUCUCUAAGUGGCAGACAGGUUGAAAUAAACCUAAAACGAUAUCCAACUCCUUACCCAGAGGAUUUAAAGAAUAUGGUAAAAUCUGUUCAAAAUCUGGUGGGUAAGCCAAGCCAUGGAGUGCGUAUUGAGAAUUCAAAUCCAACUGCUAACACGGAGCAAACUGUGAAAGAAAAAUAUGAACACAAGUGGCCUGUAGCCCCAAAGGAGAUUACAAUGGAGGAUUCUUUUGUUCAUCCAGCUAAUGAUAUGAGGAUUGGGGAGCUUCACCCUUCAUUAGCUGAGACCCCUCUGUACCCACCCAAACUUGUUCUGCUAGGGAAGGACAAAAAAGAAUCAACUGAUGAGUCUGAAGUUGACAAAACUCACUGUCUGAAUAACAGUGUUUCCUCAGGCACUUACUCAGACUACUCGCCCUCCCAGGCUUCCUCAGGAUCCUCUAACGCCCGGGUUAAAGUGGGGUCCUUGCAGACAACAGCUAAAGAUGCAGUACAUAGUUCUUUGUGGGGUAACAGGAUUACACAAUCUUUCCCACAGCCUCUUGAUUCAAAGCCAUUACUCAGCCAGCGGGAGGCUGUUCCCCCAGGGAAUCUACCACAGCGCCCUGACCGGCUGCCAAUGAGUGACACCUUCACUGACAACUGGACUGAUGGCUCACAUUAUGAUAACACAGGGUUUGUUGGCGAGGAAACCACAGGCGAGAAUGCCAACAGCAAUCCUCUCUUAGGUUCCAAAUCUAGAAACCCACCUGCUCAUGGACGCAGGCCUUUGAUCAGGCAGGACAGGAUUGUCGGAGUUCCCCUGGAGCUUGAGCAGUCUGCAAACAGACACACGCCGGAAACAGAAGUGCCUCCUUCCAAUCCUUGGCAGAAUUGGACCAGGACUCCUAGCCCUUUUGAAGACAGGACCGCUUUCCCUUCCAAGUUAGAGACCACCCCCACCACCAGCCCAUUGCCUGAAAGGAAAGAACAUAUGAAAGACUCCGUUGACAUACCUAGUCCUUUUUCUCCAGGACUACCAUGGGAGUAUCACGAUUCCAAUCCCAACAGGAGUCUUGGCAACGUCUUUUCGCAAAUCCACUGCCGCCCGGAAUCUUCUAAAGGCAUUCCCAUCAGCAAAAGCACAGAGAGGCUGUCCCCACUCAUGAAAGACAUUAAGUCCAACAAAUUCAAAAAGUCACAGAGUAUCGAUGAAAUUGACAUUGGCACCUACAAGGUUUAUAACAUCCCACUGGAAAACUAUGCUUCUGGAAGCGAUCACUUAGGGAGCCACGAGCGACCGGAUAAGCUGUUGGGGCCCGAACACGGCAUGUCCAGCAUGUCUCGCAGCCAGUCGGUCCCGAUGCUGGACGACGAGAUGCUCACGUAUGGAGGCAGUAAAGGGCCCCAACCACAGAAAGCGUCCAUGACCAAGAAAGUCUACCAGUUCGACCAAAGCUUCAAUCCCCAAGGAGCAGUGGAAGUGAAAGCCGACAAGAGGAUGCCGCCCCCUUUUCAACACAAUGCCGAAUACAUGCAGCCGCCCGGCAAGAGCCUCGCCAAGGAUCUCAUCAGUCCGAGAGCUUACAGAGGGUACCCGCCCAUGGAGCAGAUGUUCUCCUUCUCCCAGCCAUCUGUCAAUGAGGAUGCUAUGGUGAAUGCCCAGUUUGCAAGCCAAGGGGCCAGGGCAGGCUUCUUGCGAAGAGCCGACUCCCUGGUGAGCGCCACAGAAAUGGCCAUGUUUAGAAGGGUCAGUGAACCGCACGAGCUGCCUCCGAGCGAUCGGUACGGCAGACCUCCGUAUAGGGGCGGUCUGGAUCGCCAAAGCAGCGUUUCAGUGACUGAGUCCCAGUUCCUGAAAAGGAAUGGCAGGUAUGAAGACGAACACCCUUCAUAUCAAGAAGUGAAAGCUCAGGCGGGAAGUUUUCCGGUUAAAAACCUUACCCAGAGGAGGCCAUUGUCUGCAAGAAGCUACAGUACAGAGAGUUACGGUGCCUCCCAAACCAGACCAGUUUCAGCUAGGCCUACUAUGGCAGCUCUUUUGGAAAAAAUACCAUCUGACUAUAACUUGGGUAACUAUGGUGACAAGCCAUCAGAUAACAGUGAUAUAAAGACGAGGCCCACUCCUGUGAAGGGAGAGGAGAGCUGUGGUAAAAUGCCUGCAGACUGGAGACAACAGCUGCUUAGACAUAUAGAAGCUAGAAGGUUAGACAGGACCCCGUCCCAGCAAAGCAACAUUUUAGACAAUGGACAAGAAGAUGUAUCUCCUAGUGGCCAAUGGAAUCCUUAUCCUCUUGGGAGGCGGGAUGUACCUCCGGACACCAUUACUAAAAAGGCAGGCAGCCAUAUCCAGACCUUGAUGGGGUCCCAAAGCCUUCAGCAUCGUAGCCGGGAGCAGCAGCCAUAUGAGGGAAAUAUAAACAAAGUGACCAUCCAGCAGUUCCAGUCACCAUUGCCUAUUCAGAUCCCCUCUUCACAGGCCACCCGGGGACCUCAGCCUGGACGGUGCUUAAUUCAAACUAAAGGGCAAAGGAGUAUGGAUGGCUAUCCAGAGCAGUUUUGUGUGCGAAUAGAAAAGAAUCCUGGCCUCGGAUUUAGCAUCAGUGGUGGAAUUAGCGGACAAGGAAAUCCAUUUAAACCUUCUGACAAGGGUAUCUUUGUUACUAGGGUUCAGCCUGAUGGGCCAGCAUCCAACCUGCUGCAGCCAGGCGAUAAGAUCCUUCAGGCAAAUGGACAUAGUUUUGUACAUAUGGAACAUGAAAAAGCUGUAUUACUACUGAAGAGUUUCCAGAACACAGUAGACCUAGUUAUUCAACGUGAGCUUACUGUCUGAAUAUUUUUUAUAAAUAGUGAAGAUAACGUCUAGCCAGACCUAAUGUUCAAAAAUAAAUUUAUACAUAGAGACAAAUUUUGCCAAUUGCUGGACCAAUGGCAAACAUUAGUGCCAAAUGUAUAAUACUAUAUGUUAGCACUGAUCAUCCUUACAAAUGUUAACUAUAUAAAUAUGAUGUUCAUGUGGUUAUGUAUUAGUUUUAAUUGUCAGCCUCUGGCUGUGCAUUGGUGCAGUUUUUUUUGUUGUUCUUGGUUUGUUUGUUUUUUUAACCAAAUAAGUUUCUUCUCAAAGUGGAUUUCAUAUGAUUUCGGAAGCACGGAAGCACACACAAGCUCUUUACAAAUUCUGCUCUCCAUCAGAAACACUGCCUCAAUGUUGUAUCUGCCUUUAUAUAGAAAAUACAAAUAUGAAGAAUUGUAAUUCCCAUUAAAUAUUUCUAGCACAAGGUAUAUGUUGGCAUAUACACAAAAAAAGAAUAUAGAGCAAAACAAUAUUUUCAUAAACUAAACACCUCGGAUUGAGAAAGAAAAUAUAUCUUAAAAUAAGACUUUACUAUAUUGACUCUUUUUCAAUAAAAACUACAUGAUAAUGCCUUAUGAAAGUAACUGUACAUAUGGUAUAAAGUGUUUAUAUUUGGUUCCAUAUUCAUUUGCUAAAUUCUCAUAACACAGAGUGAAAUAUUUCAUAAGUUAGCCAUUUAUCUCUGGGACCUGAAUAAAAACUAGGAUGAACUAAUUUAUUCAAUGCCUUUAGCUAAUUAAUUACAGAAUCUGCAGAGUUAAAAUACAGACUAAAGGUCAUUAUAGGUAAAUCUUUUCACCACAAAUUUAAGCAGUGGAUGAUGGGUGGCAGGAAAAGUAUUGCUUUAUUUCUUUCAAGUUUAUAUUGAUUAUAAACUGUAGCCCUUGUGAUUUCUUUACUUGUAAAUGUGGAAUUUAUUUGUGUGUUGCUUUCUCUAAUUUGCUACUUUUAAAUACUUUGAAAUGAGUUUUGGGGAUUGAUAAAAUUUAUCAUUAAGAAAAACUGCUGUUAGAAAGUUAAUGUGGGAGAUUUAAAAACUUUGGUAUUUAAAUAUGAAACUUCAAAUAUAAUUUCUCAGAGCGAUAGUCUACCUGUAGUAUUCAUUUUGAUGCCUGUUUUUGUGGGCAGAAAUAGAGAAAAUACUUUUGUUUCAAAAAAGUUUCAAAGUAUAUAAAAUCCUGAAUUUUGUCUCACUCGAGAAAAAGACAAGCAUAGUUCAUAUGGACUUAGUUAUUUUUACAUUAGAACUGUUUUCCUCAAUAAAAAAAUAAAUUCAUUGUAUAAUCCUUUAAACACAUUUCUUUUAUAUAUUUAUCAUUAAUUUGAUUAAAAUAUUAAUUUGAAAUUUUAGAAUAAUUUCCCAAAGUUGUUGUAUGAAUUAUCUCUCAUAUUUCCAUAUAGCUGUUUUUAAUAUAUAUAUAUAUUAUAAAUUUACUUUGCACACUAGUAUCUCAAGUCCUCUAUUAGGAUUUUCACAGUAGUAGCCCAUAUUGAUGUCACUGAAGCUCUGAGAAUAAUAUUUGUAAGUUAAAUGUUUUAUGGGGACAUUGAAAAUAUUGUAUUUUUGUAGGGUCUAUUAAAAUGAAUGUCACUUAUUAGAAGUAUAAUGGUAUUUUUUGGCAGUAGAAUUUGUCACUUAAAGGCAAAUGAUACUUCACUUUAUAGAUGAUGCACUAAUUUUGAUGUUGCUUUAUGUCAGGGUGACAUUAUACCAUGAUUUUAUAGAGUUUGACAUUUAACAAAUGAUUAAAUGAUUGACCUAUUUAAUAUG